UAUCCUUCAAUUCAAACAUCGCCUGUCGGCUGCCUCAAAUCCUUUCGCAGGUCGAUAUAGUCUUCUCUCCGGGGACGCACCUAUUCGACUUUCAGGGCAAAUAUACCUCGUCGUUUAUCGCUUAAUACCAGAUCAAAUCGCAUUCAGGUCCAGCCACUCCACAAAGACGGGACUGUAAAUUGAAUAAUCGAUACUUCAUUCGCAAAAAGAUCAAGCUCGAUCUCUCGGUAUAAUGGCAUUUGGAGCUCCUCGAGGACGUGGUGGUGACCGCGGUGGCCGUGGAGGACGAGGCGGAAGAGGCGGUGCUCGCGGUGGUGGACGUGGUGGCUUCGGCGGACGCGGCGGUGGUGACAGAGGCGGUCGUGGAGGUGGACGAGGGGCCGCAAGAGGCCGCGGCGCUGGCCGUGGUGGACGUGGUGGAAAGGCUGGUGCCCGUGGUGGUGCCAAAGUCAUCGUGGAACCCCAUCGUCACGGAGGUGUGUUCGUUGCGCGUGGUGGAAAGGAGGACCUCCUUGUCACCAAAAACAUCACCCCUGGAGAAUCUGUGUAUGGGGAGAAGCGCAUAUCCGUCGAGGGACCCUCGACAGGUGAUGAACCCGUUACCAAAGUCGAAUACCGUGUCUGGAACCCCUUCAGAAGCAAGCUUGCUGCAGGUAUCCUCGGUGGUCUUGAUGACAUUUACAUGAAGCCCGGCUCAAAGGUUCUCUACCUCGGAGCCGCCAGCGGUACCUCCGUCAGCCACGUUGCUGACAUUGUGGGGCCCACCGGAACCGUUUACGCUGUGGAAUUCUCCCACCGGUCUGGUCGUGAUUUGGUUGGCAUGGCCACUCACCGCACCAACGUUAUCCCAAUUGUUGAGGAUGCUCGCCACCCUCUCCGCUACAGAAUGCUGGUUGGUAUGGUUGAUGUCAUUUUUGCUGAUGUUGCCCAACCUGACCAGGCCCGUAUUGUUGGCCUCAACGCUCAUCUCUUCUUGAAGACCGGCGGUGGUGUUAUUGUCAGUGUCAAAGCCAACUGUAUUGACAGUACUGCCAAACCAGAGGUUGUGUUUGCCAGAGAAGUACAAAAGAUGAGAGACGAGAAGAUAAAACCAAAGGAGCAGCUCACACUUGGUACGUAUCCACACUUAUCACGACCUUGCCACAUAUUGAUGCGAAUAUCUAACUAAUCCCUUUUACUAGAACCUUUCGAGCGUGACCACUGCAUUGUCGCCGGUAUCUACCGAGCCACUUAACUGGGAAUUUUUCAGGUGUUUCUUCUUUUGGUUUCCCAUCUUUCAUUGGCGUUUGAGAGUUUCAAAUUUUUUUUUCUGUUUCUCCCCUUUUGAGUGAGUCCUGCGUUAUGUCUUCUUCCAAGGCUCUCAUUGAAAUACGAUUGGAUCUGUUUAUUCACAGGUUUAGCCAUGUGGUGGUUUGUUUCCUCCUCAAAAAUGUAUAGGGCUGCAUUUGUUCUGUGUCUCCCCUGCUUUCCUUCUCUGUCAUCUAUCCUACGCCUCUUGACCCAUGUUCAAUUAGUCUGCUAUUCAUGAUAGAGAUUCGAUUCUCCCUUUUUGCCCUCUUGGACUGCGCAGGUAUAUCCAUUUUAAGGUUUGAUAAUCUAUUUGGUCACGUGAAACUCCUUGCUGUACUGUUGAAGUUACGCAACGUUGAUGCGUCUGCGAAAGCUGCCUUACCGGCUAGACGUUACAUUGCAUCUUUCCACCUCGCCGGCAAGCUCUUUUUAGCUGCAGCUUGGAGGGGAUUGUUUGUCUCCGUGAAAGAGGGCGGAAGAAUGGCCCGACAGCCUAACUCUGUCUCCAAACGCUAGUUAGGGAUUUAAGGUUAGUGCCCUUGGGUACUUUCCGACAUACAUACAUGAUGCUGAAACACUCGUCAUUCGAUUCUUUUUCUGUCCUUGGCAUCAGCAGGCGGAUAGCUCACCAUACUGACCCAUUUUUCACUGCCCGCCC